CCUUUUCUCCUCAUUCGGUUGUUUGGUAAACUUAACUUGUAAACAUGAGUGGAAGAGGAAAAGGAGGAAAGGGACUCGGUAAAGGAGGCGCCAAGCGUCACCGUAAAGUCCUCCGUGAUAACAUCCAGGGGAUCACCAAGCCCGCUAUCCGCCGUCUGGCUCGCCGUGGCGGAGUGAAGCGUAUCUCCGGUCUCAUCUACGAGGAGACCCGCGGGGUGCUCAAGGUGUUCCUGGAGAACGUCAUCCGUGACGCCGUCACCUACACCGAGCACGCCAAGAGAAAGACUGUGACCGCCAUGGAUGUGGUUUAUGCUCUCAAGAGACAGGGCCGCACUCUCUACGAGCAGAUUUCACUCAGAUCAGGCACAGAGACAAUGGCAAGAACCAAGCAGACCGCUCGUAAGUCCACCGGAGGCAAAGCCCCCAGGAAGCAGCUGGCCACCAAGGCAGCCCGUAAGAGCGCACCGGCUACCGGAGGCGUGAAGAAGCCUCAUCGUUACAGGCCCGGUACCGUGGCCCUGAGAGAGAUCCGUCGUUACCAGAAGUCCACCGAGCUGCUGAUCCGCAAGCUGCCCUUCCAGCGCCUGGUCCGUGAGAUCGCUCAAGACUUCAAGACCGACCUGCGCUUCCAGAGCUCCGCCGUCAUGGCUCUGCAGGAGGCCAGCGAGGCUUACCUCGUGGGUCUCUUCGAGGACACCAACCUGUGCGCCAUCAUCAACAUGUCUGGACGCGGAAAGGGAGGAAAGGGACUCGGUAAAGGAGGCGCCAAGCGUCACCGUAAAGUCCUUCGUGAUAACAUCCAGGGGAUCACCAAGCCCGCUAUCCGCCGUCUGGCUCGUCGUGGCGGAGUGAAGCGUAUCUCCGGUCUCAUCUACGAGGAGACCCGCGGGGUGCUCAAGGUGUUCUUGGAGAACGUCAUCCGUGACGCCGUCACCUACACCGAGCACGCCAAGAGAAAGACUGUGACCGCCAUGGAUGUGGUUUAUGCUCUCAAGAGACAGGGCCGCACUCUCUACGGCUUCGGAGGUUAA